AUGUCAGGCCCGCACGCUUCAACAGCCACAGUCGCCACUGAUAACAUUCUAAGGAUGGAUGCUAUAAAGCAGAGUAUCUGGGAAAAGAGCAAGAACAAGUUCUUGGACCAGUCAGUGCCACUGCUAAUAGCAUUGGAUGUGCUGGAAUUGGCACAGUUUUGCAAACUGGCUCAGUGCAUUCGGGAGCAAGACAGGAAGGGCAUUGACAGGCUGCUGCUACACGGCGUCGACAACCUCAUCAAUUAUGUCCAUCCUUACGACGACAUUGGAACAACGUUGGGCAUAGCAGCGGACCGCAACGACGAAUCGAUGGUGACUUAUUUAUUAGAGAGAGGAGCCAACCCAAACGUUGUCGAUCUGAAAGGGAGAAACGCCGCCACAAGAGCGUGCGAGUUCGGCCACGUUGAAUCUCUCAAGCUGCUCAUUGAAGCUGGCACUAACAUGGCUACUGACGAUGACUUAGGCAACGGUCUAGUAUACUAUUGCAUUGGAUCAUCAAAGAGGCAUGUUGUAUGUGCUGGAAUGUGCAUCGAGAAUGGCGCACCAAUCAACAAGUACAACAAACAAGGAUUGCCGGCAUUUGUGGCCCACUGUGAGAAUGCUGCUAACAACGAGGAACUGUGCCUACUGCUGCUCAGCUACGGGGCCAAUCCUAACUUACAAGACCUCAACACCCGACGGACCGCCAUCAUGGCAGCUUCAGCAGCUGGUAGCUUGAAAGUGGCCAAGACGAUUCUCGAGAUAGGAAUCAACAACAUCAACGAGACCAUGGAUAAAACGAAAUUGCACGCAGUACAUGAGGCCGCCAAGGCUGGAAGCAUCGAACUGUUAAUAUUGUUGUCCGCGUUCGGAGCUGAUUUCAACCAGCAGACAAGCCACGCCUACUGCCACGCUCUCACCCCAUUGCACUGCGCAGCCAGCAGUGACAAGAACAUGUGUUGCCUGUUUGCUGGUCAGAGAGGUGCAAACGGUCUUUUAAAAAACAGAGGUGGUUUAACUCCUUUCCAACUAGCGAAGAAAAAAGGCUUCAAGUUAACGGCCAAAGCCUGCAAACAAGUUGAAAAAUUUGCUCCACGUAAGAAACGAAAGCCAAGAAAUCCGCCCUUGUGGGUCAUCAAACUGCACGAUUUCCUCUAUUACAGAGAGAAUGAGGUUCUAGAAGAGUUCACGAAGUAUGAUGUCGAGGGAACAGGAACAAUAGCUCUUGAGAAUUUCUGGACGGUCGCAAAUCAGUUUAAAUUUCCAUUCCCUGAGGACGAGGUGGAGAAGGUGAAGGAAUUAAUAAGGAGGCACUUCUCGGGCGAAAACAACGUUCUCUACGUCAAAUUCAUCUUAGGCAAGGAAUACAUUCCGAAAAAAUUUCAACUAACAAAAUAUGCCAAAAAAAUUAAAAAAAUGAAAAAAUUGAAAGCGCUACGAGGAAAGCCCGUCCUACCAAUCUGCAAAAUUCCAGACAGCCACCGACGUUUUGAAUUCGUGAAAGUUCACCAGGAUUUGCACGACCCGCUGCGAUUUGAUCGGGAUCGCGUCCCAACAAAUUUCUUCACAGAUGAUAGUUACUGGUACCUCAAUAAACCAGAGCCUAAAAGUAUUAACAUGACGGCAUCCAUAAGAAAAGGUGAUAUCAACACCAUUGAAGACGCCUUCGAAAGCCAGGAGUACGACGUAAACGGAAGAGAUAAGUUCUACAGGACUCCCCUUAUGAUUGCUAUCUUAAACUCGGAUAUCAAUUUAGUUAAGAUACUUGUAUCUAAGGGAGCGUAUGUGAACGUGAGAGAUAAUUUCUUGUGGACCCCCCUACACCUGGCCUGCCACGUGGGAAACAUCGAUAUAGUUCAAUUCCUGCUGCAGAAAGGCGCCAAAACUGACAACACAUCCAUGAAUAAGAGCACUCCACUGAUGAAGGCUGUUGAGAGCAAAUCUCUGAACAUCGUGAAAAGUUUGAUAGCGGCCAGGGCAAAGAUUGAUGCUGUCAAUAGAAAAGAAUAUGGAGUGAUGGAGUUGGCUGCAGCAUUUGCGGAUUAUUACAUUUUCAACUAUUUGAAAGAUGUCCCACGACCUGCUGAGAAGAAGAAAUUGAUGAAGACCUCUAAAAAAAUUAAAAUCAAUCUUCCUCCUAUGUCCUUCCCAGAGGAAAAUAAAGAUGUAUUUCCACCCGAUCCGAUAAUACCGGAGCGCUGCAUACCGACGAUACCCUACCGACACAUGAUAGAAAUGACGUCAUCAAAACCGAUUAAUGACUCUAUCGAUGAGAAACUCGUCUACAGGUCACUGAAUGUUUGGACGCGACAGAAAACUACUGAAGAAAUUAUAUCAGAGAAAAAUGAACGAAGACGUCGUUUGGGUUGGAGAGUUGAUUUUGAAGGAUUCAGACUCCCAUUCCUACAGAACAUCCAAGAAAAAGUCGAAGCCAUCGAGAAAGAAGAGAACUCGAAAAUCGAAAGACCCAUCUUGAAGAAGAAACAGCCAAAGGCCGCCAACGACACUACAAAGAGGGCCUCAACAAAAAGAUAUGUGAAACCGAAAGGGAAAAAAUAA